AUGUCGCUACAAUCCCUCAUCGGCUCGCUGAGGCGUUCGCGCCCGUCCCCGACGCCGCGUGAGCCAUCAUCAGAUGUGCGAGGCAACAACGAUACUCUUCCAGACCGCCUUCUUGAUGUCUUCUUCAGAAUGUGGGAUCUGGGGUUCACGUCAUUUGGAGGGCCGCCUGUCCAUUUCCAGAUUUUACAUCGUCGCUUUGUGGAGGGUAAGGGUGUUUCUGGGAGGAAAUGGCUGGACGAACAGGCUUAUCAAGAGCUAUUCGCAGUAUGUCAGGCUCUUCCUGGCCCGGCAUCGACCAAAAUGUGCUUCUGCAUCGCUCUCCUACACGCCGGAAUGAUCCCCGCCAUCUUCGCCUUCAUGCUCUGGAGUCUCCCUGGUGCAAUUGGAAUGUACGCGCUCUCACUCGGCGUACAAAAGAUGCCUGAGCGCCUCCCUUCGAUUGUAUACGCUUUGCUCUCCGGUCUCAACGCUAGUACUGUUGGAAUCAUUGCGCUGGCUGCUGUACAAUUGGCUGAGAAAGCAAUCCGAGACAAAAUAACACGGAUACUCGUCAUUUUCGGCGCAUGCGCAGGACUGUGCUACAGCGCAUUGUGGUACUUUCCAGUCCUGAUUGUCUGCGGUGGCGUGGCAACUGUGAUCUGGGAUAUCUGGCUCAUGAGGUGGGUAGGCAAGAUGAAAGCGAAAUAUCAAGCCCAACGCCGCCGCGCAAGAAACGAACAAGGCGAUGCUGAAGAAGAGAUUCAGCAUGCGGAUAUCCAGCCAACACCCCCUGUAGAACUCACACGGCCCCAAGCCGUCAAGCGGAGACCCCAGGCUGGAAGCUCGACGGUAGACGACGCUGCAUCCUCCCACGAAAACUUGACCUCACACCCCACCCCCAUCUAUGAACCCGCAAGCCACACUCCCGAACCACCCCAGCCAGAAAUCAAAUCCCACAACAUCUCCGUCAAACUCGGCGCCACCCUCAUCAUAACCUUCACCAUCUCCUUCAUCACCAUCAUGGUCCUCCGCGGCACCCUAACCUCCACCUCCCGCCCCUUCGACCUCUUCUCAAACAUGUACCUCGCCGGCACCAUCAUCUUCGGCGGUGGCCCCGUCGUAAUCCCCCUUUUGCGCUCGUACGUCGUAGACCCCGGCUGGGUCACCCCACGCAACUUCCUCCUCGGUCUCGCCCUCAUCCAAGCCUUUCCAGGCCCCAACUUCAACUUCGCAGUCUACCUCGGUGCCCUUGCCCUUGCGUCGGCGCCAGGCUCCACGCCCACAAUUGUAGGUGCCAUACUGGGCUUUCUGGGCAUCUUUGCUCCUGGAAUCAUACUGGCGGUGGGGGUCCAGUCGUUUUGGCAGGUACUCAGGACUAAGCCGUGGGUUGUGAGUUUGCUGCGUGGCAUUAAUGCGACGGCUGUGGGGUUGGUGUUUACGGCUGUGUAUAGGCUGUGGGAAAUUGGGUAUUUGACGCCUGAGAGUGGGAGGGGCAAGAGUUUGGCGGAUGAGCCGUGGUGGGUUGUUGUGGCUGCGCUGGCGUAUGCUGAGACGGCGUGGUUUGGGAUUCCGCCCGCGGUGGCGAUUCUGUUUGGAGCAGUGUUGGGCAUGGGGUGGUAUGGGGCUGUUGGGAGCUAG